CCUGCUGUUUGUCAGAGAUCAGCUGUGCUUCUCUGGCCUCAGCUCUGAAGUCCAACCCCUCCCAUCUGAGAAAGCUGUGGCUGAGUUUCAACGAGCUGCAGGAUUCAGGAGUGAAGCUGCUGUGUGAUUUUCUAGCGAGUCCACACUGUAGACUGGAGACACUGGGAUUGUGUCUCUGCAGUUUGUCAGAGAUCAGCUGUGCUACUCUGGCCUCAGCUCUGAUGUCCAAGCCCUGCCAUCUGAGAGAACUGGAUCUGAGUGAAAACAAUGACCUAGAUGAUUCAGGAAUGAAACUGCUGUGUCAUUUUCUGGAGAGUCCACACUGUAGAGUGGAGAUUCUGAGAUUGAAUGACUGCAGUUUGUCAGAGAUCAGCUGUGCUUCUCUGGCCUCAGCUCUGAAGUCCAACUCCUCCCAUUUGAGAGAACUGUGGCUGAGUAUCAACAAACUUCAGGAUUCAGGAGUGAGGCUGCUGUGUGAUUUUCUGGGGAGCCCACACUGUAGACUGGAGAUUCUGAGAUUGAGUUGGUGCAGUUUGUCAGAGAUCGGCUGUGCUUCUCUGGCUACAGCUCUGAAGUCCAACCCUUCCCAUCUGAAAGAGCUGGAUCUGAGAGGAAACAUGUUGCAAGAUUCAGAUGUGAAGUUGCUGUGUGAUCUUAAGGAGAGUCCAAACUGUAGCUUGGAGAUUCUGAGCUGGACGGGGUGGUCUUAGUGUGAGUGAGUGUGUUGAGAGAGGAUCAGCUGUAUCCUGAUGAUCCAUCUGGACUGGAGUCUCAAUCUGGAUUUUGUCAUCUUCACUUAAAGUGGCUGUUUCCUUCUCUUCUGCGGAACCAUAUGGCAUUAAGUAGUAACCGCAGGUGUGUUUUUGGACCUCACUUCCAGAGAUCAAACAGUGUGUCUGUUAGGGAUGUACAGAGAGCCCAGUAUUUGUAUUUGUAUCUGUAUUUGUUGAGCCAGCAAAAUUAUUUGUGCUUGAAUAAAAGUGGA